CCCAUAUAUUAGAACUGGCAAACUAACUCUGAAUAUCCCUUGCCCAAGAAAACCUAAUGAAAAUCAUGGGGCUGCCAUAAGUCAACAAGUGACUUGAAAGCACGUACAUACAUACAUAUUGCUGCAUCAUGAGAGAAGGUGACAGAUAGUUUUCCAAAAGAUGAAGGUAAGCUGGUCUUCAUAUGACACAUAUGAAGCUAAUUUCAGACCGUUGGUGGUAGUUGAGCUUGCAAAGGACACCAAAGAUGAAACUAAAGAAUGGUUGACCCAAAAGAUUGUGGACAAGAAGAAAAAUGGAGGGGCCCAGCUUUUGGUUAAACCUUUGAUUCAAGAUGGAAAAGAAAUAGAAGGAAGCAAGAACAUAUUUAUUAUUGGAGCAUCUAACCUAAGGCUACUUCUGGGAGCAGAAACAGUGGGAUUAGUCAAAGAAUGUAAUGAUAAUUCAAUGAGAACCUUUACCUAUACCACUAGAAAAACUUUCAGAAAUUUUGCAGAGGACAAUCAUGAUUUUCUCACAAUGGCAGAAUGUCAAUACAUCAUUAAACACGAACUUGAAAACUUGAGAGCCAAAGAUGAAACAAUGAUCCCUGGUUAUCCACAAGCAAAGCUUUAUCCAGGGAAGUCAAUAAUGCGAAGGCUAAUGACUAAUGGUAUUCUAAUUCAAAUUUUUCCACUUCAUGACGCAGAAGCAUUAAAGAAACUUGGUCACAUAUGGUAUAGGCAAAUGAAAUUUCGUUAUCAGCCUUUAGAUGAAAUUCGUUGCUAUUUUGGGGAAACAAUUGCUUUCUAUUUUGCAUUUUUGGAGUAUUUCACGUUUGCUUUGAUUCCAAUGGCCGUCAUUGGAAUUCCUUAUUAUAUCUUUGAUUGGGAAGAUUACGACAAGUACGUGCUGUUUGCAGGAUUCAAUCUGGUUUGGUCUACUGUUAUCCUUGAACUUUGGAAGCGGUGUUGUGCUGUUAUGGCCUACCGAUGGGGAACUUUGAUGAUGAAGCGACAGUUUGAAGAACCCAGACCGGGGUUUCAUGGGGUUUUAGGUAUCAACCCUGUGACUGGGAGAGAGGAGCCAGUAUACUCUAGCUUCAAAAGACAGCUACGCAUUUAUUUAGUGUCCUUACCAUUCGUGUGCCUUUGCCUCUACCUCUCACUUUACAUCAUGAUGGUUUACUUUGACAUGGAAAUCCAGGCCCAUUUAUAUCAUGAAGAAAACCAAUCUGAUCUAAGCAGUUUGAUGUUAUAUGUGCCCAGCAUAAUUUAUGCUGUUGUGAUUGAAGCUCUGAACCGUCUCUAUAGAUAUGCUGCAGAAUUCUUAACCUCAUGGGAAAACCACAGAUUAGAGUCUUCAUAUCAGAAUCAUUUAGUUCUGAAAGUCUUGGUGUUCAAUUUCUUAAACUGCUUUGCCUCUUUAUUCUACAUUGCCUUUGUUUUGUUUGACAUGAAGCUUUUGAGACAGAACUUGGCAACUUUACUGAUAACGUCACAAGUCCUUAAUCAAUGUGUAGAAGCCGUACUGCCUUAUUGGCUCCAAAAGAGACGAAAUCAGAGGGUCAAGAAAAAGGUGAAAGAAUUGGAGAAAGAUGUAGACUUAUCUCUAUUUGAGCAAGUUAACCUGGAAAAAGGAAUGGAUACCUAUUUGGGAACUUUUGAUGACUAUUUGGAGCUGUUCUUACAAUUUGGCUAUGUGAGCCUUUUUUCAUGUGUAUACCCUUUGGCAGCUGUUUUUGCUGUGCUAAACAACAUCACAGAAAUAUAUUCUGAUGCCUUAAAAAUGUGUAGAAUCUUCAAACGUCCAUUUGCAGAGCCCACUGCAAAUAUAGGUGUAUGGCAGGUGGCUUUUCAAACUAUGACUAUCAUAUCAGUUGCUACCAACUGUGCCCUGAUUGGCAUGUCACCCCAAGUAAAUGCUCUUUUCCCAGACUCGAAGAUUGAACUUGUUCUGAUUGUGGUGUUGGCUGAGCAUUUAGCACUAGCUCUGAAGUUUCUUAUGUCAUAUGGGAUUGCUGAUAAACCACAAGACAUCCGAAUCAAAUUGGCAAGGCUAGAAUUUGAAUCUCUGGAGGCACUCAAGCAGCAGCAAAUGAAAAUGGUGGCAGAGUCUCUGAAAGGACAAACUCCUUAGGACAGCCAAAUCAAGCAGCUUCAGAAGAAAAGAGUAUAUAAGUAUUAACAGUAAGAAAUGUUGUUUGAUUCUAACACUCCACGCUACAGCAUUUUCAUAUCCUUAUUAACCAACAGAAGUCUCAUCAAAAGAAAUAUGUCCACCCCUGCAUACCAUACAGAAUAUAGAAUCUAACUGAACCCUGUGCCAUAUCUAGUUAUAGUCUAAUGUUACCAACGUGAUAUGGAUAUCCCAUAAACAAAUCAGUAUCAGUUAUAAUCCCUUAAUUCUAAAGUGCACCUAAAUGCCUUUAAUUUGAUGCCGGAGGCAGUACAGCUUCAUAUGCACCUUGUCAUUGAAUUUUUAAAAACUUUAUAUUAGAAUAUUCAGUAAACUUUUUUGCAGCUAGCUUACUAGUAGUUUCCCGCAUUUAAGAAAUGUUAAAUGUGAUGCAUAUAUUUUGCCAAUAGGACCAAUCCAUUGCAAAAUGAGGCUUCUUUGUCAGUUAUAACAAAAGGCUUUUGUAUUGUAUUGGACGAUAUGUUACAAUACUUGAAAACUUGUGCACUUCAGUUAAGAAUGGGAAAAACCAUCACUUGGCAUGAAAAGAAGUUUACUCGUCUUGAUCCAGUCCUUAUGAAAUAUACCAUUUAAACCCUACUUGUAUGGUAUUUCUGCUGAGCGUUACAUUCACUUUGCUGGGCUGUUAAACAGGGGCUGUUUUAAACUAUAAUUUCAUCUGUUUGGCAAGAAAGGCAUUAAAACAUUUAAUCAUU